GGUCGUUCGUGUUUCGCUUCUUCGGGUUUUUUUUUAUUUUCCAUGCACAUGAAACUCCUUUCCUGGCCUCUCUCAAUCCGUCGUCAUUGAAUGCUAAACUUUGCAUGAAUUCGGUUCGCGGUUGUCCAGAAGCAACAUUAGAAGUGCAGUGUAUCACUAAAGUGGUUCUCUAGUUCUGGCACGAUAGCAAAAGAACGGUCGAAACGUGAAAGGGAACGGCGGAAGUAAAUUUCCGAAUUAUUCCGCUGGUUGAAAAUUCGCCCUGUUUGGGAAAAGGACGGCAGCCAAAAAUGUCCUAUAAUAUUUUGGGUUAGCAGCAGUGAAUUCCUAUUGUGAAGCGAAGAGGGCAAGUGGCCAAUUUUUGGCUCGGUGGUGAUCCGCCCCUCUUAUUGAAGUGAGGGCAAAAUAUUGAUUGCGAUUAAUUGUGCUCGAUUGAAGUGCUGCAAAUGCAAAUCUCUUGCUAGUGACCAACCGGAGGAAUUCCUAUGCAGCCGAAGAAUCGUGGUGGAAGUGUUUUUCUCUGAAAGUGUGGCAUAGGCGAAAGAAAGGGGGAAGACUAGGAAGCGCUACCAGAAGAGAAGACAAAAUCAUUAUUUUCGAUAACGGAACUUCCGUCAUCGUCGUUCAGGUUCCCGUGCACUAGUGGUGGCCAAUUCCACCAGAAAACUUGUAGCAUUAAUCAUCAGAUUCCGCACCAACCAAGCGAAAGAGGAAGGAACUUUUAUGAUCAGCACUGGUGCCCACACCAUGCUUUUCGAGGAUCUCACAUAAGUGCACCGAUCGAAGGAAAAUGCAUGCAUUCCGAGUACGCCCUGGGGUACUAGUGUCCCCAUAGACUGGAGUGUAACAAUCGUCAACUUGGAACCAAACGAACAAACGAAGCCGAAGCCGACCAAUCCGACAACAACGAUCCUGUUUGAGAUUAGAUUUCACCGCGAGGGAAAGAAAAUCAGUAAAUCGUAAACAUAGAGCAACGCAUAAGUAUAAGCAAAGAAAAAAAAAAGUUUACCAGUGAGAUUCCAAAUAGUUUAGUAGUGCGCCGCGCCGCGUAAGAUAAGCGUCAAAACACCCAAGAGCUCAAGUCCUAGUCUAGUCAGUUGUUUGUGUGGUGAUCUAUAUUUUUUUUCGUAAGUAAAUCGCUGUGAUAUCCACGACAGAAAUCCAUACUCCAAAUCAGCUGCUCUCUAUCUAUCAGCAGUUCCCCAUUUCUGGAAGUAAUUCCCCAACGUUUGGCUCUCGCGCAUCAACGGCCACGUUCUCCUUGAGGUUGUGUUGGUGUGAAUCUAUAUCUAGAGCUUCAGAGAAGCCUGGUGGCCGCCCUGUUUGAGUUUUCCGGCGUUCGAAACUGUCAAGUGUUUAUACCUGGCUCGCAUGUUCCAUCCAAUCUCCGAGCUCCACUGAAGGAACCGAGCUGAGCUGUGCUGAGCUGAGAGGAAGUGAAACAAUCCGGCGAGUAUCAGCAUUUUUUGGCUGUUUACCGAUAGAAGCGAAUGCAAACUGGACGCGCACGGUUCGAUAUAUUGCCGAUGAAAUAGAAGAAAAAUAAUCAUCAUCGAGCAACAGAUAGUGAGACGACGAGCAAGGCAAAACAGAAGAGCGAUUUGGUUGGUUAUCAGGCCCCGUUUCGGUGCUCUGGUUUCAUAUUUGGUGUUGUUUCAAAAUCGAUUUGUGAGAUCAAGUGUGGUUCCCCCAAAGGGAUAAAAGUUGAUCAAGUUCGAAUCAAUCGUGGUGUAAUCGCAACCGAAACUCCUACGACCCGUUUACCGUUCAGUAUCCCACAGUGUACCUCGUGACGCGCGAGGGCAACGGAAAGUAUUAUAGGAAGGAACCCGAAGUGCAAUUUAACGACUCGGUGCGAAACGAAGCCAAGCGAAUCCCAAUCCAUCAUGCCGGUGAAUGCCAUCGGAACCGAUCAGCUGAGCGGUAUCGAGGAAGAAUCGGACAUUUAUGAAGCGUUCGCACCACACGUGGACACAGCCAACAUCUCGGUGUUGACCGACACCCCUCCAGGGAAGAAACCAAAUCUAAAAACAUUUCAAGAUGUGCAAUCACUCAUACAGCAAGGUAAGAAACGCGAAGCCAAACUAGUGCUAAGGGAAAAUUCGUGGCCCACCAACUCGCCGAUCAGGUCGCAGCUAUGGCCGGCACUCUGCACGCAGCACCACGUCGGCAAAACGAUGCUGGAUGGCUUCUACUGGGAUAUGGUGAAUCAGGUCUUUGGCACAACGGAACUGCCCGAGAAACCGAUCAUGCUGCCGCCCUUCGUCGACUCCACCCACUGUUUGCCGUACCACCUGACGCGGAAAGGCCGGGCGGUGGCGGAUCGGGUCGUCAGCGUUCUCGGCUACGCGUGCCCCGACAUCACCUACAGUCCCACGCUGUAUCCCAUUACUGCGAUCCUGCUGCACUUCAUGUCCGAAGAAGAAUGCUACCACUGUAUGGCGAGUCUGGUGGCACCUAAGGAUAAAGUGUUUAUCACGCAGACAAAAUUACUUUACGAAGUCACCUGGAAGACUGUGAUGCAAAUUGCCAAAAAACAUGCGAAAUCCGCAGUACUGUAUUUAUCGAGAUUAUGCCCCGGCCAGAAAUCGGAGCGCAUCUUCAUGGACUGGUGUUGGUGGAUCCUCGGCGGGCUUCCGUUUCCGCACCUGGUGCGGGUGAUGGACUGCUUCUUCCACGAAGGCAUCAAGGUGUUCUACCGGGUUGCCCUCGCCAUCCUCAUUCUCUUUCACAAACACUCGACCGCCACCAACUCCGAGUGGGACGCCGACACGAUCAAGAAUGACAUCGACAAUGCGCUACCAAAGUUCUGCAAAAACAUCCCGGUCUCGCCGGCCAAGCUCCUGCGGACGGCUUUUAGUAUAAGAGCACUUAGUUCAACCUACAUAUCUAGGAUUUUUCUAAAGACUGAAAUGGUACUAAAGAGUAAGUCAGUUCUUAGUGGUUCGAAGCAGAUGGUAAGAUCACGUUCUAGCGAUAAUUUACCAACGAGUCAAUCCCAAGUCAACGUACAAAUGAUGUCACAUACACUAACCAUUAGAGAGGGGGCGCACUCACCGGAUGUGAGAGUUUUAUCGAUGGGAGUUUUCCCAACCCAAGCAAUAAAGAGUAAAGUUUGUGAUCAGGAUGACCUUUUUACGCUUUGGUCCUGGCUGCCAGUUAGAAUAACAAUGUACCAGCCCGUACUGCUCUACACAACGGAGGAGCACGGAUGCUCACUGACGACAUUCUACGUACGAGUGGAGCAGCAUGAACCCACGCUAUUGAUGAUCAAAACCUGCAAUAAUGAGGUGUUCGGUGCCUAUUGUUCAUCGCGGUGGUUCGAGCGUAACCUCAAGGACGACCGUGGCCAGCGGCAGGCGUACUUUGGCACCGGCGAAACGUUCCUGUUCUCUCUCUAUCCGGAGCGCGCAAAAUAUCCCUGGGUCGGAAUCGAGGGCGAUAAGGGUCUGGGCCACGCAUCGGAACUGUUCAUGGCCGCCGACUCCAAGAUGAUCACGAUCGGGGGAGGUGAGGGACAAGCAAUCUGGAUGGACGAGAACAUUCGCUUCGGCAAAACGGACCGCUGCCAAACGUUCAACAACCCGCCGCUAUGCGCCUCCGGUGAUUUCGAAAUACGAGUGCUCGAAGUGUACGGUUUCGUAGAAUGUGAAUAACGUUUGUUGAGAGUAAAUAGUUAAACGGGAGAAGAGACGCAUAUAAACUAAACAAAACCUAGACGUGUACGGUAGAUAAACUACUCUCUAGGGGAUAAUUAUUUUGUUUCGUUUUUUGAAAUGAGAUGAGAGCAAGUCGUGCAGCAUCGUUUGUGAGUUAUAAGGUAACCAAAACAACGCUUCAACAGGAAAAAAAUGCGGAUCGCUCUAAUUUGUAGGGACAA